AACAAUCUUGAUGAGUGCUCGAAAGUUCGAGAAGAGUUCGAGCUUUCCAACGGCUGGUCCAGAAACGUGGGGCAAUAAAAUCUGCUUUCGCACAUACGCUCGAGCUUAUGCAAAAAAUCCCUCGCCCAUUAUCUAGUUCUUCGGUCGGAACAGAUCAUGGCUCGAAGGUAGACGUGCCUAACUAACAGCUGGGCUGUCCAGUGAAAUUACAACGCAACUUGAUUCAGGGAAGCUGUGAGCGGCAUCGAAAUCACUGGUGCUGUAAACGCAUCUAGCUCUGGCCUCGCGGGGUCUCAAAAAUCAGGGAUGCGGGCGACGACUGCUCUGCUCUGGGUGAACGAUACCAUUGCUGAUCUCAUUUCUAAACAGGGGCGUGCAUGGGAGUGAGUUCUUGUGGGGGAUUCGGGAAGCAUCGGCCAGCAAAGGUGCGCCACAGAAUGAUGAAGAUGUUGAACGAUCUCUGUAUUCUCUUCUUCUGACAGACCCGACCUUUUUGUAGUUGUCUCUCCAUUGGUGCAGGAGCUCCAGAGACCACACCGGAUCGAGCUUUAUGUUGCGCUCAGAUACUGUAGUUCGCUGUCUGACAGGGCACAGAUGGUACAGCGUGAUUUCUGAAAAGAAGAACCCCCAAUUACGGAUGGCAUUUUUAGACCGUGGAAGAUCAGGUAUAUUGGGUCACAGUGAAAAGACCUGUUCUAUUGGAAGGAGUAUUACGGGGUUGCAAACUACGAUGUGCGAUGUCGGGAUGAAGCGAUGAUAGUAGUUGCGGGAAGUGAUGGACAAUUUGCAGAUAUCAAGGUUGAAGAGGUAUUGUCCCCAUCAUCGAGAAAUGGCUUGAUAGUUA